GGCAGAGACUCGUCUCUACCGGGUCCGCUCCCCUCCGAAACCCCGGCAACGCCGUCUCCUCACCCCCUUGAGCCGCUUGACCAGGGCACUCUUCUGCCCGCUCUUGGCUAGGCCUCGCUGCUCCAAUGCGGCCUUCAGGUCGGUCACCCGGAGCGCCUGAAGAGGCUUCCCGUCCAGAGUCACCUCCUCCAGCUCCGCCAUCUUGCGUGAGGUACUCGGGUCCGUCCCGACGGCUUCGGGCAUCUUCGGAUGCCAUUGGAAUCAUCAUCAUCUUGGAUGCCACCAUCUCUGCUUUCUCCCUUUCCCUCAGUGCCAGACAGUAUUACUAACUCUUCCCCUCCCCCAAUGUCUUACAUCACUUCCCAGGAGAUGAAGUGUAUUCUUCACUGGUUUGCCAGUUGGUCAGGACCUCAGCGUGAGCGUUUCCUACAGGACUUGGUAGCUAAGGCUGUGCCAGGAAAGUUACAGCCACUACUGGAAGGUCUGGAGCAGCUUAGUGUGUCUGGGGCAUACCGACCACCUUGUAUCUUUGAGUGCCAGCUACGUCUUUGGGAUCAGUGGUUUCGAGGUUGGGCUGAGCAGGAGCGCAAUGAAUUUGUCAGGCAGCUGGAGGUCAGUGAGCCUGACUUCGUGGCAAAAUUUUACCAAGCAGUUGCUGCUACAGCUGGUAAGGACUGAUGGACAUUAAAAUAAAAGAAGAUGGGGGCCUCGCUGGUGGUGCAGCGGUUAAAGACAGCACUAUCAAGCUAUCGUGAGCCACUGUAACAUUAGUUCGAUCCCCAGCCAGGAAGCUGACCCACAUGGCGCCGCAGACCUCUUGUGUCUCGCCCGCUGCUUCCCUCAGCAGUGUAUUUCAGUAAAAUCUGCCUGUUCUGCUCCACACUCUGUCUCUGGUGAAUCCUCUCAUCCACCAUACCUUUGGCCUACACCCCAGUUCUUGUACACAUAAAUACAUCUUUAAAAAAAAAAAUAAAAGAGAUGACCAAAGCUGACGGAUCAAAAACCACAACUCUACAGCAUGAACUUCGUAUGUGUCACUUAAAAAUAUGGGGCUGGUAUCCCAAUCAGCUGACCGAAAUUGCUGAGCACUGUAGACCUGGUUAUUUCAACGUUAACAGCAUAUGCACUGAACUCCUAGUAUAAAUGUUUUCCAUCUCCAUCUCAGCAAAUCCAGAUCAACAGUCUUCCUCUCUUGCUUUCUAGGAGAUGCCAAACCCUUAAAAACUUAAUAACUUCUUUUGCAGCUAUAAUGAAAAGAACCUAUACAUUACAACUCAAGCCUGCUGGUCCAAGGAGUUUAAAGCAGGGCUUGCCCUACUCCAAAAGCAAGAGAGAAGAGCAAUAAAGAUUGUAUUUUUAUGGUUUAGCUGGACUCAGAUGACUGGUUUCACUACCCUUACAGAUUCUAGCAUAAUUAUGCGACAUCCCAACCACUGACUUUCCUAGUGAUGGUUCAGUAAAAUUAUGGAAAGUCAGGAGAGGAAGAUAACUACUUGCUCCACACUGAUGUUUGUUUGAAUCCAAAUCAAGUGACUUUUUCUAAAGCAUAUGUGAUAUUUUUGGUGCUGGUAGCAGUUAUUUCUAUUCUGUAAGUGCUUCCUGACAACAUGGGGAAAAAAAAAAAGCUCAUUACUAGUUGAAGGGGUUUUCUUGUAUUAAAAUAAAUUUUCAGAACCUUAAAUCUCCUUUUUAUUGCAAAGCUGGUAUAGCAUUAAGUUGCAAUACAGAGAAAGGCAUUCUGAGAAAAGUAGAACUUAAGUGUGGACAGUAGCUCAGCUUUUCAUCCACUUGUCUUCCAAGAAAUAUUUCCACUGACCCCCUUCAUGCUCUGGGUGACAUCACACUUCCUCCAGCCAGAACCCCUGUUGUGCCUUGGGCCUCUGGUGAGUGGUCAGGGACAGAUGGUCCCACCUGAGUACCAGCUCGCUUCUGAUAGGCCACGGUCCCCAGUGUACUUGCCAGGAUGAGUAACAUUAGGCAGAGUGCCACAGAGAGACCUAGGCGGGUCAUGGACAGAUUAUGGCCCGAGGUAACCAGCAGCCUAGGAAAGAGGUAAGAGGUAAUAUUUGGCUUGGAAUAUUUCUAAGCUUAGGGGAUGACGUGCUUUUUUUUUAUUUUUGCAUAGAGGAACUGGAGUGUAGGCCAGAAGUGUGGGGGUGAGAGGAUUCACCAGAGACAGAGUGGGGAGCAGAACAGGCAGAUUUACUGAAAUAGACUGCUAAGGGGAGCAUCGGGUGAGACAGGAGAGGUCUGCUGGGCAUGUGGGUCAGCUUCCUGGCUGGAGAUUGAACUCAGGCCAUAGCAGUUAUAGUGCUGAGACUUACCCCUAGGCCACUAAGGAGGCCCAAGGGGUGAAGUGCUUUACUAUAAGCCACAAUUCAUGAAACUCUACUUCACUUAGUAAGCUAAAACAGGAAAUUGAGAAUAUAGAACCAAGGCCUCCCUGGUGGCGCAAGGGUUUAAGAGACGACCUAUGAAGCUAUCCACUUGCCACUGCAGCACAAGUUCUAUCCCCGGCCAGGGAGCAACCCACAUGGCACAGCAUACCUCUCCUGACUUGCCCGCUGCUCCCCUCAGCAGUGUAUCUCAGUCAGUCUGCCUGUUCUAUUUCCCACUCUGUCUUGGUGAAUCCUCUCACACACACACACACACACACACACCCCACACUGCUGGCCUAUACCCCAGUUCUUGUAUACAUAAAUAAAUAAAUCUUUUUUUAAAAAAAGAAAAUAGAACCCAAAAAUAAGAAUAAGGUCACCAUCCAAGUCUGGCUUAAUUGUUGGAAGUGUGGCAGUGAGGGAAGUGGCUAUAGGAAAGAGUCAAACUAUGGCAUUUAAGUAAGUAGAAACGGUGCUGGGAUAAUGCUUAAGAAAGGAAGUAGCUCCCCAUUAUUUGUGUGUGCGUGU